CGAAUCUGGCCGAGUCCCAACUUCCAACACUCCUAACCUAAGUCCCAAACUCUCAACCUCAAAUCGUAUUCGUGGAAUGUAGUGGAAUACGUGCACGAGUGCCACGUGUACCCGCCGUACCCGGUGGAUCAACUGAUCCCAGCUAUCGUGAUCUACACGCGAUAAUCGGUGGCUGCUACUGCUAGCAGUGCUGGCUAAUGCGUCGCCGGUGGAGUUGUUAACCUCGUUAAGUUUCCGCGCAGCGUAUCAAUCCUCUGGUUCACGAUGAAAUACAAGCUCUAUAUUGUACUGAUUUUUCUUUCCGUUCUAAGCUAUGUCAUUUGUCAAUACAGAACGAAAAACAAUCAAGGCACUUCCUUGGCCGAACGCGUGCAACAAUUAACUGAGAUGACUUUGAAAAAACCGAUAUUGAAAUUUAAUGGGUCAAAAUUUAAACAGUAUAUUAAAGCUCCUCCAAGGAAUUAUUCUAUUAUUGUUAUGUUUACCGCUAUGGCGCCUCAGAGACAAUGUCAGAUUUGCAGGCAUGCCAAUGACGAAUUUACAAUAGUGGCGAAUUCUUUCCGAUAUUCUGCCUUAUACUCCAACAAGUUGUUCUUUGCCUCUAUCGAUUUUGACGAAGGAUCAGAUGUCUUUCGAUUGAUGAAGUUGAAUACUGCACCAGUAUACAUGCAUUUUCCACCCAAAGGUAAACCAAAAGCUGCCGAUACUAUGGAUAUCCAACGAGUAGGAUUUGGUGCAGAAGCAAUAGCAAAAUGGAUAGGUGAACGCACAGAUAUCCAGAUCAGAGUAUUUAGACCACCAAAUUAUUCUGGUACAGUAGGAUUAGGACUGCUUAUAGUUAUUGUAGCAGUUGGUCUGUAUCUCAGACGUAAUAACUUGGAUUUCAUUUAUAACAAAAAUCUUUGGGGAUUCUGCGCUUUGUUCUUCGCCAUAAAUAUGACCUCUGGACAAAUGUGGAAUCAUAUCAGAGGACCACCUUUUGUUCAUAAGUCACCAAAUGGCAAUGUAGCUUAUAUUCAUGGAUCUUCUCAAGGACAAUUUAUAGUGGAAACCUAUAUUGUUAUGGUUAUGAAUGGAGCAGUAGUGUUAGGAAUGAUCUUAAUGACUGAGGCUGCAGCUCGUAAAGGAGACGUUAAGAAGCGUAAAAUAUUAGCUGUGAUAGGUGCAGGAUUAGUCACAAUUUUCUUUAGUCUUCUUCUGUCAAUAUUUAGAAACAAGGCUCAAGGCUAUCCAUAUAGUUUAUUAUUCAAAUAACUAAAUAGAAAGGAAAUAUCUUCAUACAUCAUUUAUUGAGCG